AUGGAUAUAAAUACUCCAACUCUAACGUCACAAAAGCCAAGAGUUUAUGCUGCACCUCGAGGUAGUAAACAAGUAGCCUCAUUCAAGAUCACUUGUGAACUGGACAUUGACGAUCUAAAGAAGAAGGCCAAGGAAGAGUUCUCUUCACUCCAGUCAUAUUUCCCUGAUCAGUUUGGAUUCAAAGACAUCAACGGUCACCUCCACAUGAACGAAACACUUUUGUCGGAUCUUCCAACAGAGGAUGGCGUACUAAAGCUCUACGUGCACAUUCCAAGUAAUGUCACAAUAGCAUCACAAGGUAUCAUAGCUCCCGAUCCAACUCAAACAUCGUUUUGGACUCAACUUAACAAGGCCAUCUCAAUUGACAAUGUACUUGUCUUGAUGGAGAACACUCACUUCCCAACCAGACCCGACCUAUCCACAUUGUUGAUAAGGAAGUCAUAUACAGAGCUGUACGAUAUCAUUGUCAAGACUGAGAGACCAAGUCAGAUCACUGUCUUGAAGGGCAAUCCUGGCAUUGGCAAGUCAAUGUUUCUCUUCUUCUACUUGUGGAAGAAGAGGUGCUCUGGCUCCUGCCCCAAGAACAUCGUUUUCGACUGCUUCUCACGAGAUGCCAUCCACUUUACAUUUGACCACAUGAACAAACCAGUUGCCUAUGUUGGCAAUCGCACCAAGUUCGAACAUAUUGUUCGUCAAGAAGAUACAAUAUAUCUUGUGGAUGGACAGACUCCAAUGGCCGCCAACUCAUUUGUUCUCUUGGCAACCUAUCCAAGGAGAAACAACUAUGAACAAUACGCCAAGGAGAGAGCGAACAACACAUUUAUCAUACCAGUCUGGACUUUGGAUGAGAUCACCGUUGCCAACUCUCAGAAACAGUACAUGCGAGAUGUCAAGCAAGUCAUAGAAAGGUAUAGAGGAUGGGGUGGAAUUCCAAGAUAUGUGUUGGAGAAAAUAGACCUAGCCUCUCAACAAGAACUCCAGUUGGCCAUUGGAAGAACUGACUAUGAAACAAUCAUAUUUGGGUCAGAAUACAUCAAGGAUAUGAUUGCCCAGAGGUUCUACUGGAACUGGACACAGCAGGUGGUUGAUGCAAUUGAGAAAGGCUGUACAGACCUGUCUUCAGCCAACAUUGGAAAACUCUUUGAGCAACUAUGUCAAAGAACCAUUCAGUUUGGUCAGGAAUUUGAUGUUCGACCUUUGGAUGGAUUGGGCGAUGAGUUCAAUGGCACACUUGAGCUCCCAUUCAAUGGAGUUAAUGGAUUCAAAGAUAUGAACGCUUUGAAGGAGAUGGACUUUAGGAAACACAAGCCAACAAAUGACAUCCUUUGGAGACCAUCAGAGAGUACCUUCCCUUGUGUUGACUCAUUCGCCUUCAGAGAUGGUGAACAGUGUUACAUGUUCAAGGUCACCUAUUCAAGCAAGCCCCACUCAAUCUCUCACGUAGAAUAUGGUCAUCUCAUCAAUGCUCUGUCUCUCGGCGAUACAACCAAAUUCUAUCUAUUCUUCAUUGUUCCAAACCAGACCUACCUCUCUUACCGCCUGCAGAACUUUGUCACCAACAAUGAUUCACUCAACUGGGUCGAUGGUCAGAUCCCAAACCUCCCUCAAUGUCGACAAUAUGCCCUUCGAAUCAACUUCUCUGGUCUCACACCUUCAACAAUAUACCCUCUCCACGAUCAAGAUUCGAUCGAGUCCUCCAAUUACUCAUCCCCUACUUGUCCAUUCCCAAUGCCAAUUCUGUUUGAUUGA